GAAAUGCCCUAAUAUGUUCAAAAGAGUCCACUUAUUCACUAUUUUUUGCCGUUGAUUUUUCUUUCGACGAAAACCGCAAGUAAAUUUAGCUAGAUUAUUUCUUAAUAAACUGUUAAGAAAUGCGGAAGAAAGUCAUAUUAAGACUCGCACUGGUUGUCUUAGUUAUUUUCUUAUAUAAAUUCACUACCUUACAUCGUUCCACCCCGGCAAAACAAGUAAAUUUAAAUUUUAAUCCAGAACAGCCCGUCGUAUCGUUUAGACCGGGAGGUCGACUGGGGAACCAAAUAUGUAUGUGCGCACAUCUACUGCACACCAACAUCACAUACACGAUGCAGGGAUUCCUCUACCCAAACAUGCGUGAUCUAUUGAUGAAGCUUUUUGAACGCGCCCCUUUGCCGACCAUUCCUUCUGCCAUCAUGGAGCAGAUGAAUAAUCACUCGGUUGAUUACUUCACGGCGCUCGAGGACUUUAAGACCAACAAGAGACAUGAGAACUUCACGUUGCUCACUGGCAUGCCGUGCAGACUCUCUACCUUCUGGAAUAUGAUGCCCCUCAUCCGCGAGAAGUUUGCUCUAAAAUCUUCACUGAAAAAUUCGGCGAGACGUCGUCUUCAGGAGUCCUUACUGGAAAACAGGCGCAACAACGGAAGACCUGAGCGAACAGCGGACGUUGAAACUGUGGUGGGGGUGCACGUAAGGCGGGGAGACUUCCAGUAUAUUCUUGAUAAAUAUUCUGGGAACUCCUUCCUACCGCCCGCCUACUACCACAGCGCCUUCGAGUACUUCAGGACACGAUUUAGGCGAGUGCUCUUCCUAGUGAUGACAGCAAAGAAAGAAGUCCCUUGGUGCAAGGAGAACCUUGCAUCAGGCUUCAGUGAUGUGGUCGUGUUGGAUGACAAUGCAUCCGCGGAGCUGGAUUUCGUCCAACUUGCGUCAUUGGAACACAUUAUUUAUUCUCAUGGCACGUUUGGUUUAUGGACAAUCCUGUUAUCCAAUGCCAAAACAGUGGUGUACCCGCAUCCCUCCACAGAUGUGGGCUUCAAACGGUACUCCCAUCACCGGUCCCUGGACUUCAUGAAGACUAAACUUAAUACAACUUCAUUUGUUACCGUAGUGUUCUGAUGAAUAAUUAUUCCCAUCGUCGAAAAAGUGUUGAGUAAAAAGAAUUUUAUCAUCAUUGGUCUGUAUGAAGACUAGAUUGUACAUCGCUGUUCUAUAGUACGAUAUAAUAGUAUAAUAGUAUAUAAUAUGGUAUCAUAGUACUAUAUUAUACUACUAUAUUAUAACGGCAGCA